AUAAACAAAUUGCAAGACUUCCGGCACAUAGUGAUUAUCAGUGCGUCGCCAAACAUGUAAGUUAAAUGUAUUUCCUAAUUAUUUUAUAACGAAUAUUGGGGAAUGUUUUCUAGAACCGUUAUAGACUUUUGUAGAUUUCCCUUUUCAACCUUAAUUUAAUGUAUCUUUGUUACAUUUAAGUUUGCACACAUCAGUUAUCGAUAUAACUACUUCAACUGGACUCGCGAGCAAAAAAAAAAAGGGUCUAAUUACUAAAUUAGUUAGUUAGGCCUACUCUACUCAUUUAUAAAACUGGUUUAGUUAUGAGCACAAAUGACGACAAAGACGACUAUGUCCUAUGUCAAAGUAAAAACGGUUGAUUAGAGCUACGAAGCUUUUCUUGUUGAUGAUGCAGCAUGCACUUUUUGAGUUGAUAAUAUUAUAACAUUUUGCCACACCACACACUGGCCAAUAAUAAAGUACUAGUACUAGUUACUAUUACUAUGAUUUUUACUAUGAAUGUGAGUGUAGUUAAUCUAAAUUCCAAACUAAACUUGUCUUAAAAUAAAAGUGUCUGAAUUCUAAAAGUAAAUUUAGUAAAUGCUUCUGUAAUUGAUCAAUAAAUUAAUCUAAUAGAAUUAGUAUUUGAAUUUAAUGUAACACCAAAAAAAAAAACAAACUAACACUAAACUUUAUAAAAACUAUCUACAUGGACAUGGUCGACAUGGAUGUCAACAUCAGUAUCAGGAUGUUUGUACAAUCUUAAAUAAUCAUUAUGAUAAUGUCAUAUUUAGGGUAUUCUCAGAACACAGGUUCCAAUUCAAAACAUCCGUAAAAUGCAUCAAAUGAGCAGUUCAAUAAUGUUCACUUCUUAUCUUAAAGCCAUUACCAAAAGAAUAUCAUCCAGAUGAUUUUUGUGUGUGCUAAGUCCACAGUUUGCAAAAAUUGACCCAGUGCACACACUGCCACUGCAUCUUGUAUUGGCAUUGACAGCAUUACCAUGAGUAACUAUCAGGGGACUUAGAUUCUUCUGACUAAAGACAUGAAAUGUUGGGUUAUUGUUUUUUUUUAUUAGACAGUGUUUAACAAGCUACAGUAACCAGAGCUUGCUGGCUUACAGUGUAUUUAGCGUUGUGCCAUAAGUUUGAAAAAUGUUUCCUGGUAAAACAUUAUAUGAAAUAUAAACCAGCGCUUGUGGUCUGCCGGCCAUGGCAUUGUUUAUUUUAUAUUAUUAAAAGCAAUAAUUAGUCUGCUAACAAAAUUAGACAUUAACAAUUAGGCCACCAAAUAUCGGUGGCUAUUAGCCAGCAAGCCAGGCAUUUUCUAACAAAAACUAUACUUUUUGACAUUUGGGAAUGCCGUUCUGAGGAUCACCCGUUUUUAGAUGAGCUCAUCAGAUAAGUCAUCACAACAAAAUAUCUGUGUUAGUCAAUGUCACAGUUUCUCAAAAGUUGGUACUAUGUUGGAAAAGUUUUUAAAAAUUUCCUUCUGUCACGUAGACCUACCUUUUCAAAAUUGCUAUUAUUUCUCUCUUUUUAUUCUAUGAUUAUCUUCCAAGUUAAUUUCAGCCCAUUGUUACAUUUAGUAUGAUUUAGUUAACGCACAAAAAAAGUACAAAAUACUACUUGGAUUAGUAUACACUUCAGUGUGUGAAAAUUAUGGUAGGUGUGGAAAAUGUUAUUCUAAUAUAGGCCUAUUGAAUGAUUAGCUUAACUCGUACUUAGCUAUUUCUAAUGGACAUUGUUCAUUAAACAGGGUAAGAAGUGACAGCAAGUCGCGAGAUGACAAAGAAAAAACAGAGAAAAAGAAAGAACUGAAAGAUGCAAAAGACAGGGGCAGAGAUAGAAAAAGACGUGGCGGAUCAACUAGUAGCGACUCUAGAAGUAGUUCGUAAGUUUACACCAGCUAAAAUUAGGGCACUACAUGGCCAUGUUAUUUUUUCAUGGUUAUCAGUUUUAGGUAUCGUUCUUGCCUUAACUGGGUAUGAAUAUGAGUACAUUUACUUUUUAUAGAUUAUUUACCAUCCAGUAAAUUAUUACAAUAUUUUUUUUUUGUUGGACCUCAACAUUUCAAAACCAUCAACAAAUAGCAUUUUUAUUGGUAUUAAUUAAAAUAAGUUCAAACACAGCCCUAGUUUAUGUCUUCGAAUAGUACGAUCAUUUAUAAUUUAUUUUAAUGUGAUGUGUGAUUUAUAGUUAACAAGAAAGCCUUUUGUCAAGUGACCUGGGUUGAAGGAGGGUUGCUGCAUAUUACCGUACAUAGAAUAGUAUUUAGUUACUUUAUUUUUUAUGUAAUAAUAAAUCAGCUCAACUUCAAGGUCCAGAAGUGGAUCUAGAUCUUCCUCUUCAGGAAGCUCUAGUUCAGGAAGUUCAAGCUCAGGGAGUUCAUCUCGUUCUGGUAGUUCCAGUUCUAGUAGAUCUUCUAGCAGUGAUAGCAGCCGCAGUCGUGGAAGAGACCGCAAGCAGAGGACAGAGUCAGUAUUUGAUAAUUGAUCAACUUUAUCUCUUAUUUCUUAACAAUAUAUAUUUUCAUUAUACUGAUAUAAUUUUUAAAGUUUGUGUAUUUUGAAGAAAUAAAGUCAAUUAUGAAUUUUUUUUAAUUGAUUGAUAUUAAUAAAUUAUUUAAAAAUUGUAAAUCUUAAAAUAAAACUUCAUUUAACUGUAAAACUGAAUAAGUUAUUUCCAUACUCAGUAUACCGGUAUAUCUUUUCAUUUGCUUACAGAACCCCAAAACGCAAAAAAAGGAGCCCAACACCAAAACCAACAAAAGUUCAUGUAGGCCAUUUAACUCGAAAUGUCACUAAGGAUCAUAUACAAGAAAUUUUCUCACUGUAUGGCAUCAUAAAAAAUAUUGACAUGCCAAUGGACAGAAUCCAUGCCCAUUUCAACAGAGGCACAGUAUACAUUGAGUAUGAGUCCCCUGAAGAGGCAGCAAAGGCCAUUAAAUUUAUGGAUGGAGGUAAGAAUUGGAGAAGGAUGGUUUGAUUUCCAUUGCAAUAUACAAAGAUGAUCAGAAACUGAAUAAGUAAUAAGUAUUAAAAUAAUCCAGCAUUCCUCAACAGCUUUACCUGAUCUGAACUAUUUGGGACUGGGGGGUAACUAUAUGAGUGAUAAACCAACACGCCUACUUUCCGUUAAAGAAGUUAGUCCAUUGAAUAAAACUUUUUCUUAUAGUUAUAAAAGCAGUUUGCUUUAUUGUACACUGUAUUGACCAUGGUGUAUGGUUGAUUGUUGUCAAAAACUGAUCAAAAUGGACACUCUACUGUUCAUAUAGAGGAGGGAUGAUGCUUGUCUGCUAUGUAUUAUUUGACUUUUUGUUUGUUGGCAAUAAUGGUUGUUAAAUAUAUUAAUUUAACAUAAGUAUAUUUAAACCCUUUCAAUAUCUGCAAAAUAAUAGAAUUCUCUCCCAUUACACAUCAACAAUAUACCAACCAUCCCAGCCUUCAAAACUGCCCUCAAGACCCACCUCUUCAAACUGUACUAAACCAACUCAUUCUCACCCCCUCUAACUGAUAAAUAUCGCUCGAUGCUGCUGGGUGCUGUCCUGGGGUAGAUAGUACUUGGGUGGGUGAGGUUAAGCUUUUUACCAAUUGUUGUUUUUAAAUGUAUAAUUUUCUGUAAUUGCUAAUUUUUAUGUGAAGCCUAGCCCUUGGCUACUACGCAAUAUAAACCCACCUUAAUAAUAAUAAAAGGGGCCAUCCAGCAUUAUAUAUUUUACUUAUGAGAAAAAGGUCAAAUUUUAGAUGCCUCCUUCCCCUGUUGCACCCUGUUGACAGUAAGUUAUGAGAUGACAAAGAAAAAACAGGGAAAAAGAAAUAGAUGCAAAAGACAGGGGCAGAGAUAGAAAAAGACAUGACAGAUCAACUAGUAUGUACGAGUAGGAUGAGCCCCCCCCCCACACACACUCUCACAAUCCCCAAUAUAAGAUAAAUUUAUUUAUAAACCAUUAUGGCUUACAUGAUAAUUAAAGAUGUAAAGUCAUUGUAAAAAGGUGUUUACUAACUAUUGGCCUUCACCUACAGGGAGGCAAUUUUAUAUUAUAUGAGGACAAAUAGUCUCUGGAAUAAUGGAAGGGGGGUGGAGCGGCAGCGUUUUCUGGGCUUCAAUUUUUUCUUUAUAUAAAAGUGCAUCAUUUUCGACAGACUGAGGAAAUUUUUUUAUCCCACUCGGGUUGCAGUAACCCUAAUUAGGCCACUGCUCUGGGAAAAAGGAGACAUAUAUCAGAUUCAAAUUUGAAAUGGGGUGAUAGUGGUAAUGUUAAAACAGAAUAUUUUUUAAAGUUAACCACCUGUUGUCAUAUUUUGCAAUUCAAAUAUAAGAUAAGAUUCUUUUAUCGAUCCAAACAAAUGGAAAUGUUUUAUGAUUGCAUUAUACAUUUUCAGCACAUAAAUAAAACAAUUUGAACACAAGACAUUAAUAAUAAAUUAUUUUAAAGGCAGCGAAAUAGAAAUUCAAACUUCUUUACAGCAGCAUGUAACCUAUUUUUUUCCCCUCACUAAUUUGAGGUAUGUGUGGGUUAAACUUAAACAUUUUUAGAUGAUCAGUGAUCAGGUGGGGUGUGGGGGGAAAAAGUUUGGGAAACACUUUUAUAAUUUUGUUUGUCCUGUCCGCCCCCCCCCCCCCCCCCCCCCCCUUGGUUCCCCUUAAUUAAGUAAUUAAGUCACAAAUGAUGCCACACACUCUGUGGACUACAGUAAGUCACUAUUAUAAUUUCUAGUGCUGGGAUAUCUAGAGAGUUAUUUGUGAAAAGAUAGAGCAACAGUAUGUUGAUCAUUACAUAACAUUGUGGUCAUAUUUUUAUAGCCCUUUUGAAAAUAAUGAGAAAUCACAGUUGCCAUUCUCAGAGAUAUUAGAGACUGUCAGAAGUUCAGGAUCAUUACAUGCAGAAUCUACAUAAAUAUAUAUAUAUAUUUUUUUUUCUUAUGACAUCCCCCAAUCCCCAAUUCAAACCCAAAUGUAAAAUCUAAAACAAAAUGGUGUGUGUGUAAUAUAUGGAUGGCCUCAAAAUGUAUGACAAUAGAUGUCAAAAUUUGAUGCACUGGCCUAAGUUUACCGCCCAGUAAUUUCCAACUGUGUAUCUAAUUAUCACAUGUUACUUCGGCAGCAAUAAUAAUCAUAGGAAACUUAGUGCAGUGAAUAAAUCACAUAACCGUAACUUAGUAAUGUUUAUUAGAUGUGCUGGAAACAAUAUGUCUCAGUAGAAUUACAUGAACUAAUGUAAAUUCAUCAAAGAUUUGAUACUUUUUAACUGUAAAUUUGCAUUUCAUUGAUACCCCUAUUGUGAGGAUUAAUAUAAAAUUUUAUUAAAAAUUAAAUUUCCUGUAGGUCAAAUUGAUGGACAAGAAGUUACAGCUGCUGCCGUACAUGUUCAACGUAAUCCCGUUCGCCCUCCAGCUCGUCGCAGUCCACCCAGGCGAGGAGGCCCACCACCCAGAUGGAGGGCAUCCCCUCCAAGAUUUAACAGAGACAGGCGAAGGUAAAUAUGUUACUACUUGGAAAACGAUGCAGGUUUUAAAUGAUUCUCUUCUGAAUUACUUAAAAAUUUAAGACGGACUAUAGAUUUUGUUUUUAAAUAGUAAGUGAAUGGGUUAUUAUCAAGUAAAAAUUUGAAGGCCCAUGAAGGAAAGAAACAAAUUUAUUUAAAAAUAAAUGACACAUUAUUAUCUAGGUCUCCCCCGAGACGUAGCCCUCCAAGACGACGCUCAAGGUCACCGGUUGGUCGCCGCAGGCAUAGUAGAUCAAGUUCCAGUUCAUCACGCUAAUCCUUGCUUUCUUUUGCAUUGUAAAACAUGAAUUUAUGCUUUUGUGUGUUUUUAAAGGAAAUUUGACAUUAAAGUUAACUGAUUUUUUAAA